CUGCUCUCCACCAUCUGCUCGCUGUCUUUCACGACGACCACGACCCUUUCCUCACGACCACGACCAUUCCUUCGUUCGUCUAUCCUCCUGCUCCUGCAAUUGUGGCGACCCUCGCUUCCAAUGCGAUGUACUACCCGCAACAGUCCCCGGGCAUUGCCCACAAGCUCCCCGCACAUCAGCAUCCUCCCGUUCACGAUCAGUCGCCCUGGGUGCGUCAACCGCACCACCCUGUGUUAGGGCCUCCUGGUCAUGGACAACCACCAACGUCCCCGGCCUACCCCCUCUUCACCAAUGGCGCGCUCGGCGCUAUGCAGCACCAUCCUCACGCGCAUAUGCCGGGUCCGCUCGCUCACCACCACCACUCUCAUCAGAAUUCGCUCUCGCACACGCAUUUCCCUUCACCACCAAAUGGAAACGGUAUACCUGGACAUUUGUUGGCGCAGACUGGUUCUCCGGGGAGCGCGGCGGCACCGCAGAUGACCGUCCACUGGCAACAGCAGCUGCUAAAGUGCGAGAUGAGUCGGGCCUCGCGUUCACCCCACCAUCGAGCGCGCGCCAGCGCUAUGGCUUCUCGUACUGUGCAGAAGGCUGCGAUUCCCAUCACAAAUCCCAAUGCCGUCAAAGUAGUAGCCACCAAUGGCCACUCAAAGGAUAGUGAUGAUGCAUCGGCCGCAUCUCCGUCCACGACUUCUGCGAGCGCUGCAUCGCCGGCCGCCUCUAAUGCAACCGCUAACGGGGCCGACCAUCCGACAGCCACCGUGGCCCCCGUCGCAGAAGCAUCCCGUCCAACUGCACCGAAGCCCAAGGGUAACACCUGGAGUUCGUUGGACAUGGGCGGGGUAAACAUCAAGAGCAUACCGCGGACAUCGGGUCUUUUCUCUUUUACCUUUCUCAUCAAUCUCUACUUGAACCACAACUCGUUGUCGAACAUCCCUCCGGAGAUCGCGAAGCUGCGGCACCUCGAGCUGCUGGACCUGUCGGGGAACAACUUGGUCAACGUACCACCGGAGCUUGGCAUGCUCACGUCGUUGAAGGAGCUGUAUCUGUUCGAUAACCACCUGACGACCCUGCCAGCGGAGCUUGGCUCACUACAUCAACUCCAGACCCUCGGGAUCGAGGGAAACCCGCUGGAUGCGUCGUUGAAGCAGAUCGUACAGAAGGACGGCACGCCCGCGCUGAUCUCAUAUCUCCGCGACUCCGGUCCGACCACCUCGCCUCCACCAGAACGACAAUGGUUGGAGCUUGUCAGCUCAGCGGAGCGGGAAGCGUACCAGACGGACCCGAAUGUGGAGACGGUGUCUGCGCUGUGCUACAACAUCCUCUGCGAUCGGUUCGCGACAGAACGGAUCUACGGGUACACCCCGUCGUGGGCGCUGCAGUGGGAUUACCGGAAAGAGUUGAUCCUUGCGGAGAUCCUAUCACACAACGCAGACUUCCUGUGUCUGCAGGAGGUGGAUAUUGCGAACUUCGAGGAGUACUUCACGCCAAACUUGGCGGAGCGGGACUAUGAGGGUGUCUUCUGGCCAAAGUCGCGGUACAAGACGAUGAGUGAGGCGGAUAGGAGGCUUGUUGAUGGGUGUGCAACCUUCUUCAAGGCGUCGAAGUACACGCUCGUUGAGAAGCACCUCGUUGAGUUCAGUGCGGUGGCUAUGCAACGAUCUGACUUCAAGAAGACGGACGACAUGUUCAAUCGUGUGUUGGGCAAGGAUCACAUCGCGGUCGUCUGUCUACUCGAGAACAAGCACACUGGGACCCGCUUCAUCGUCGCGAACGCGCACAUCCACUGGGACCCGAACUUCCGCGAUGUCAAGCUCGUGCAAGUCGCACUCCUUGUCGAGGAGCUGGAGAAGAUGGCGAGCGGCUUCGCCAAGUACCCGCCGCGUCUACCCCCCACUCCCUCAUCAGCCGGUGGCAGCGCGAACGGCUCCGCAGCAGGAGAACUCAAUGGGUCGUCGCGACCGCCGCCUGUCUACUCUGAUGGGACGAAGAUCCCGCUCAUCAUCUGUGGUGACUUCAACUCGUUGCCAGUCAGUGGCGUGUACGAGUUUCUGUCGAACGGGACAGUAUCACGCGACCAUGCGGACUUCAUGGGCCACACGUACGGCAAGUACACGUCGGAAGGUUUGCGGCAUCGGUUGGGUACGAAGAGCGCGUACGCGUCGACGGGUGAGCAUCCGAUAACGAACUACACGCCGAGCUUCCAGGGCCCGCUCGACUACAUCUGGUACUCGACGGCCAACCUGUCUGUCAACGCUGUCCUCGGCGAGGUGGACAAUUCGUACUUGCAGAAGGUCGUCGGGUUCCCGAACGCGCACUUCCCGUCAGAGUGAGUAUUCAAUCUAGUGAUCUGUAGAUUGCAUGUUGAUCCGCGCCCCGCAGCCACUUGUGCAUUGUCUCCGAGU